AACAGCCCGGGACUCCGAGCGGAGCGGAGCCCAGCAAGCCCAGCCCUGGCCGACGUCUGCGCCCCAGCAGCAUGAACGCGCGCGGUUCAGUCCUCGUCCUCCUGUUGCUGCUCUGUCUGGAGCAGGUGUUGUCGCAGUCCUGUGUGUGGUAUGGAGAGUGUGGAAUUGCAUCUGGAGACAAGAGGUAUAAUUGCAAAUACUCUGGGCCACCAAAACCAUUGCCAAAAGACGGGUAUGACUUAGUGCAGGAACUCUGUCCAGGAUUCUUCUUUGACAAUGUCAGUCUUUGUUGUGAUGUUCAGCAGCUUCAGACACUGAAAAACAACCUGCAGCUGCCCCUGCAGUUUCUAUCCAGAUGUCCAUCCUGUUUUUAUAACCUAAUAAACCUGUUUUGUGAGCUGACAUGCAGCCCUCAACAGAAUCAGUUUCUGAAUGUUACAGAAACUGAAGAUUAUGUGGAUCCUGUUACAAAUCAGACGAAAACAAAUGUAAAAGAAUUACAGUACUAUGUUGGGGAGAGUUUUGCCAAUGCCAUGUACAAUGCCUGCCGGGACGUGGAGGCCCCCUCAAGUAAUGAAAAAGCCCUGGGACUCCUGUGUGGGAAGGAUGCCAAGGCCUGCAAUGCCACCAACUGGAUCGAGUACAUGUUUAAUAAGGACAAUGGCCAGGCACCUUUCACCAUCAUACCUAUUUUUUCAGACCUCCCAACUCAUGGGAUGGUGCCCAUGAAUAAUGCCACCAAGGGCUGCAACGAGUCUGCGGAUGAGGUCACGGGUCCCUGCAGCUGCCAGGACUGCUCAGCCGUCUGUGGCCCCAAGCCCCAGCCCCCACCCACUCCCACUCCCUGGAGAAUCUUGGGCCUGGACGCCAUGUAUGUCAUCAUGUGGAUCACCUAUAUGGCAUUUUUGCUUAUUUUUUUUGGAGCAUUUUUUGCUGUGUGGUGCUACAGAAAACGGUACUUUGUUUCUGAGUACACCCCCAUCGAUAGCAACAUAGCUUUCUCCGUGAAUGCCAGUGACAAAGGAAUGGCUUGGCUCUUAACUUCCACCCUCCCUUCCUCUCCCGCUCUUCCAGGAGAGGCAGCCUGCUGUGACCCUUUGGGUGCAGCCUUCGAGAGCUGCUUGAGGCGGUUCUUCGCACAGUGGGGCUCCUUCUGCGUCCGACACCCAGGUGGUGUCAUUUUCUCCUCCCUGGCCUUCAUUGUCAUCUGUGCUUCUGGCCUGGUUUUUGCCCGGGUCACAACCAAUCCAGUCGACCUUUGGUCCGCCCCCAGCAGCCAGGCGCGUCUGGAGAAAGAGUACUUUGACACCCACUUUGGGCCUUUCUUCCGCACGGAGCAGCUCAUCAUCCGGGCCCCCAACACGCAGACACACACUUACCAACCAUAUCCCUCAGGAUCUGACGUGCCCUUUGGACCUCCACUCGACAUAGAAAUUUUGCACCAGGUUCUUGACUUACAGCUAGCCAUCGAAAAUAUCACUGCGUUGUAUAACAAUGACACUGUGACGCUUCAAGACAUCUGCUUGGCUCCUCUCUCACCAUAUAAUAAUAACUGCACCAUUAUGAGCGUGUUAAAUUACUUCCAGAACAGCCACGCCAUCCUGGACCACAAAAUAGGGGACGACUUCUUUGUGUAUGCGGAUUACCACACACACUUUCUAUACUGUGCACGGGCUCCUGCCUCUCUGAAUGACACAAGUUUGCUCCACGAUCCUUGCCUGGGUACUUUUGGAGGACCUGUGUUUCCCUGGCUUGUGUUAGGAGGCUAUGAUGAUCAAAACUACAAUAACGCCACAGCCCUGGUGAUUACCUUUCCUGUCAAUAAUUACUAUAACGACACAGAGAGACUCCAGAAGGCCCAGGCCUGGGAAGAAGAGUUUAUUAAUUUUGUGGCAAACUAUAAGAAUCCAAAUCUGACCAUUUCUUUCACUGCUGAACGAAGUAUUGAAGAUGAACUAAAUCGUGAAAGUAACAGUGAUAUCUUCACUGUUGUAAUCAGCUAUGCCAUCAUGUUUCUUUAUAUUUCCUUAGCUUUGGGACAUAUCAAAAGCUGUCGCAGGUUCCUGGUGGAUUCUAAAAUCUCCCUGGGCAUCGCGGGUAUCCUCAUUGUGUUGAGCUCAGUGGCAUGCUCCUUGGGCAUCUUCAGCUACAUUGGGAUCCCCCUCACCCUCAUUGUGAUUGAAGUCAUCCCUUUCCUGGUCCUGGCUGUUGGGGUAGACAACAUCUUCAUUCUGGUCCAGACCUACCAGAGAGAUGAACGUCUUCAAGGGGAAACUCUGGACCAGCAGCUGGGCAGGGUCCUAGGCGAGGUGGCUCCCAGUAUGUUCCUGUCGUCUUUUUCCGAGACCGUGGCGUUUUUCUUAGGGGCCCUGUCGGUGAUGCCCGCCGUGCACACGUUCUCUCUCUUUGCCGGCAUGGCCGUCUUCAUUGACUUCCUCCUGCAGAUCACCUGCUUUGUGAGUCUCCUAGGGCUAGACAUUAAGCGGCAAGAGAAAAACCAGCUGGACAUCCUUUGCUGUGUCAAGGGCGCCGAAGACGGUACAGGUGUCCAGGCUUCAGAGAGCUUCUUGUUUCGGUUCUUCAAAAACUCCUAUUCUCCAUUUCUGCUUAAGGAUUGGAUGCGACCAAUUGUGAUAGCAGUAUUUGUGGGUGUCCUGUCAUUCAGUAUCGCGGUCCUGAACAAAGUAGAGAUUGGAUUGGAUCAGUCUCUUUCAAUGCCAGAUGACUCCUACGUGAUGGACUAUUUCAAGUCCCUCAGCCAGUACCUGCACGCAGGGCCGCCCGUCUACUUCGUCCUGCAGGAGGGGCACAACUAUACCACUUUGAAGGGACAGAACAUGGUGUGCGGGGGCAUGGGCUGCAACAACGACUCCCUGGUGCAGCAGCUGUUCAAUGCGGCCCAGCUGGACAACUAUACCCGAAUAGGCUUUGCUCCCUCGUCAUGGAUUGAUGAUUACUUUGAUUGGAUUAAGCCCCAGUCAUCUUGCUGUAGAAUCUACAAUAGCACUGAUCAGUUCUGCAACGCGUCAGUGGUUGACCCGGCCUGCACGCGCUGCAGGCCCCUGACUCCAGAGGGCAAGCAGAGACCUCAGGGUGAAGACUUCCUGAGAUUCCUGCCCAUGUUCCUUUUCGAUAAUCCAAACCCUAAAUGUGGCAAAGGGGGUCAUGCUGCUUACGGCUCUGCAGUUAACAUCCUUGACAACGACAUGGCUGUCGGAGCCACGUACUUUAUGACCUACCACACUGUGCUCCGGACCUCUGCUGACUUCAUUGAUGCCAUGAGAAAAGCCCGCCUUGUUGCCAGUAACAUCACCAAAACCAUGGGCCUCGAAGAAGGUACUUACAGGGUGUUCCCAUACAGUGUCUUCUAUGUCUUCUACGAGCAGUACCUGACCAUCAUUGAUGACACCAUCUUCAACCUCAGCGUGUCCCUGGGUGCCAUCUUCCUGGUGACUAUGGUUCUGCUGGGCUUCGAGCUGUGGUCUGCAGUGAUCAUGUGCGUCACCAUCGCCAUGAUCCUGGUUAACAUGUUUGGAGUCAUGUGGCUGUGGGGCAUCAGUCUGAACGCUGUCUCCUUGGUCAACUUGGUUAUGAGCUGUGGCAUUUCCGUGGAGUUCUGCAGCCACAUUACGAGAGCGUUUACGGUGAGUGCGAAGGGGAGCCGCAUGGAACGAGCAGAAGAGGCGCUCUCUCACAUGGGCAGCUCUGUACUCAGUGGAAUCACACUAACAAAGUUUGGAGGGAUUGUGGUGUUGGCCUUUGCUAAAUCUCAGAUUUUCCAGAUAUUUUACUUCAGGAUGUAUUUAGCUAUGGUCUUACUAGGAGCUACUCAUGGAUUAAUAUUCCUCCCUGUCUUACUCAGUUACAUCGGACCAUCAGUAAAUAAAUCCAAAAGUUUGGUCACUCGAGAGCGAUACAAAGGUACAGAACGAGAACACCUCCUAAAUUUCUAGCCCUCUUAGAGGCUCAGGGACCUUGAACUGUGUCUGCAGGUCGGUCAGUUUCCCACUGGACAGUAAGUAGGCUGCACUGUCAAGGUGAAGUUGACGGAACACUGGAUGUUACCAAACAUGAGGCUCUUGAAACCGCAGCGCUCUGGCCAAAGAGCCUUUAAACUCAGGAACACAAACCUGUGAAGCAUAUUGCUAAGUGGGAAGGCAACCAGACUCCAACUCUCCAGGAGGGAAACCCGACUCUUCAGUAAGUGGGAGGUGACACUAGGAUGCCCAUGGACAUGAUCUGCUCACUGACACUUUUUUAAAGGCCAAUCAAUG